UUUUGUGAAUUGAUUGAAAUUUCUAGGGUUUCGGAAUGGGGAUUGGAAUCCGGUACGCCUGCCUGGUGGAAACCAGGAGAUUGCUGUUGGUGAUGGGGGUGGUUUUUGGAUUGAUUUUGUUGGUUCAGUACUUUGAGCUUCCGUAUAGUAAAAUUUUUUCGGUUCUAUUUCUGCCGGACAAAUCCCCGUCCGGCGCCGGCGAUACCUUCGCCGGAAUAACCUUCACCAAUCCACAUGGUACUGAUGAAGCACCGAUAGCUGUAUAUGUUUUUCAUCAUAACCAGACCGUCAACGACACUGUGAUCGACGAUAUCGAUCCUGAGGAUGAUCCUGUUGAGCGCCGCACAUUUCCUAGUUCCGUUGCUGCUAUGAAUUCUUCUCCGGCCAAAGUUUCGACGGAUCUUGGGAACGCCGGAAAUGCUGCGCCGGAAAAUAAUCAUUCAAAUGCAAAAGUUUUGAAUAAUGAGCUGCCGGAGAUCAACAAGACUCCCUCUGGUUUGCCGGAAAAUGAUCCUGUAAAUGCAAAGAGGCCAUCGAAGAUGUCGCCGGAUAAUGUAGUGACUAUAUCUGAAAUGAUCGAUAUGCUGCUCAAGAGCCGCCUCUCGUACCGUGCAGAGAAACCGCGGUGGCCUUCCCCUGCAGAUCAAGAAUUGCUUAAUGCAGGGUCUUCAAUCGAGAGUGCGCCGCCUGUGGAGAACGAUCCUCAGUUUGACGUCACCCUGUAUCGAAACUUUUCUGCAUUUAACCGGAGCUAUGAACUGAUGGAGAAGACGCUGAAAGUGUAUAUCUACGCGGAAGGAGAUCGACCGAUAUUCCAUCAGCCGCCGCUUAAAGGAAUCUACGCAUCGGAGGGAUGGUUCAUGAAGCAGCUGAAAUCAAGCAAACAGUUCGUCACGAAAAAGCCGAGAAAAGCUCACUUGUUCUACAUACCCAUCAGUUCGCGCGCGUUGGAAGUGAGUUUAUACGUCCCCGAUUCGCAUGACCGGAAGCCAUUAAUCAGCGCUGUGAGCAACUACGUCGAUAUGAUCCGAAGAAAGUACACUUUCUGGAAUCGAACUGACGGGAGCGACCAUUUUCUCGUCGCCUGUCACGACUGGGCACCGUCCGAGACUCGCGAGACAAUGCCGAACUGCAUUCGAUCGUUAUGCAAUUCCGAUAUCAGGGAAGGCUUUCGAUUCGGGAAAGACGCGUCUCUCCCCGAAACGUUUGUUCGAACGCCUCAGAACCCUCUCCGGCAGCUCGGCGGGAAACCUCCGUCGAAGAGACGGAUCCUCGCGUUCUUCGCCGGAAACAUGCACGGCUACCUCCGACCGAUCCUUUUGAGCCAUUGGGAGAACAAAGAUCCGGAAAUGAAAAUCUUUGGUCGGAUGGGGAAGGCGAAAGGGCGGAUGAGCUACGCAGAGUACAUGAAGAGCAGCAAGUUCUGCAUAUGCGCCAAAGGGUUCGAAGUCAAUAGCCCGCGCGUGGUCGAGGCGAUCUUCUACGAGUGCGUUCCGGUGAUCGUCUCCGACAACUUCGUGCCCCCGUUUUUCGAGACACUGGAUUGGGAGUCGUUUGCAGUGUUCGUCGCGGAGAAGGACGUCCCGGAAUUGAAGAACAUACUGACGUCGAUACCUCCGUCGAAGUAUCUCAAGAUGCAGCGGCGGGUGCGGCGGGUGCAGCAGCAUUUUCUGUGGCAUUCGCGGCCCGUUAAAUACGACGUCUUCCACAUGAUACUCCAUUCGGUAUGGCAUAAUAGAGUCUUCCAAAUCCGGCCCCGGUGAAGCCGGGACGCCGGCUUUUCGAAACCUUUGAUGAGAUUUUGGCUAUUUUUUUUAGUUUUGUAAGGAUGAAUGAAGAAAUGUUGGGAGAUCUUACUGUUUGUGACGGAUUAAGAUUAAUGAUCGAAUAACAAAAAAAAAAAAAAGUAAAGAAGACGUAGUUCAGCAAUAACGUGUUGGCUACGUCCAGGGGCAGAAAUAAUGAAUAGAUUUAUCGAGGACGACUAUAUUACAUAUUAGAGAUUUCAUAUUUCUAAAUCUAUUCAAAUAAACAAAGAGAAUUAAGACGAGUUCAGUCAACAUUUACAAA